AACCCAUCCAUGUUCUUAAUGUGGGCGUGAAACUCUGCUGCUCUAACCUCUUCUCUACUUGAAUGAACUACAAGUGCAAAGUCAUACUACACCGUUUACUGUACUCGAGAGAGAGCAAGAGAGAGGGAAACAUUGUACCCGAGGGUAUUCUACGGUUAAUAAUCACAUAUAAACAACACUUGUUUCUAGUCACCGAUUUUACGGAGCAAUGGAGCCUCAUGUAAAUGCGAAGCUGCUUUUUAAUCACGCGACAACCCUGAAGCUUCACACGGGGAAUUUAGUCAACCGCAGUCGACUUAAGAAGAAAUGUCCGUCUUCACCUAGCGAGGAGCUUCAAGACUGCAUCCAAGGCACAUUGAGCGAGUGGUUUGCUGCAAUGCCGUCAUCUCUUAAUUCUGAGCUUCCCAGUGUUCUGAACUGUACUGUUCCAGAAAACACAGAGGCCAUCACUCCAGAGGAGAGAGAGGAGCUGAAGGUGUCUGUAAAGCUUUUUCUCACUGAGUCGGACCGUUCAUCCAUCAGAAGUGCAGUGGACAUGGCUUGUCUUUCAUUAGGUGUAUCUCAGUUGGAUUCUGUGAUCAUUGCUCCACCUCCUCUCCCUGAGGGUGAGCCGCAGACACUGACCCACCUGGAGCCACUGUGGGAGGAGCUGGAAAGUCUUGUGCAUAGCCAGAAGAUCGCUGCCAUCGGCACGUCGGACUUGGACAAAACUCUCUUAGAGCAGCUUUAUAACUGGGCUCAGGUAAAGCCGAGUAGUAAUCAGGUGAAUCUGGCCUCGUGCUGUGUGAUGCCUCCAGACCUCACUGCAUUUGCUAAAGAGUUUGACAUACAAUUGCUUACACACAAUGACCCCAAAGAGCUAAUCAGUGCAGCAGGCUUCCAGGAAGCAGUGCAGGGGAGCAGUAAGGACCUGCAGGCGGCCGAUUGGAGGCUGGAGUGGGUCUUACGGUACUCUAUCAUCGUCAAGAGCAGAGGCAUCAUAAAAGCAAAAGGCUACAUUGUUCAUGCUAAAAAGAGCACCGACCAUUAACAUGUUCAGUUUGAACAGGGUUUUUUUUUUUUUGGUUUUCUGAAAUUUAUUACACUUAAUUCAGGGAGCUACUACAUCAUUGAUGCAUAUUUUACAGGUGGGUUUCGAAUUAUCGAAGGAACAAAACAUUCAUCCAACCCACUUGACUCAUUUUCCCUAAUGGUUUAUAAUAAUUAGACAACCGUCUGUUCUUGUAGAUAAAUGCAAAGUGCCUCUUUUGGCAGUUUUUUUUUUUUUAUUAAUUUAUUUAUUUUUUCUCUUGACCUGGUCUGGUUUAAUUCUUGGUAUUUAUCAAAAGGGUAAAAAUUAAAUAUAAAACAAUGGUUGAUGGGUCAGCAGAUUAAGAUGCUUCAAAUACCAAAAGUUUGUUUUGUAAAUCAUUGCCCCUGUGAUUUUGGUGAAAAAUGUUCAUUUUUUCUGUUUUAUUUAAAAGUGUUAACUCAUAUUUUUUUUAAAAGAGUGGGCCACCUAGAUGUAGAUUUUUUACUUCAAAAUUUAAUGUCAAAUAUUAAGUCCUGCUGGUGUUUUAAGUUUAUAUAAUUUAUUUUGAUUGAUGCUUUGCUUGGAAUGUUUAGAAAAUGUUUUUUACCUGUUGUCAAUGUCAACAGUUGAUUUUAUCUCUUUAGCAUCCCUUUGUAAACAAAAUGCUUUGCUUAUCUGAUAAAAAGUAAUAUUCAAAUAUGUAACUGUAUGAGAGGCUGUUAACAUGCAUGGCAUGAACGGCAUUAAUUCAUUGUGUAUAAAAUACUGAAAAAUUCCACACUUGAAGGAAAAUAAUGAUUAGUUCCAGUAUCUAACGAAUAGUCAGAAAAUGUAUUUUUUUACCUGUGUUAUUUAUUCAUUGUAAUGAUGAAUCCUGUUGGAGCCAAUCAUAUAUGAGAGAUUUUCUUUUAUGUACUGUACAUGUUAUUACUGUUUACCCAUAUUGUGUUAAACAUUUUUAAUGUGAUUUAUAAACUUAGGAAUUGAAAAUUAAA